AUGGACUUGGUGGAAAGCCAACGUAACAUCCUCAGACUUACACCUAGAUUCAAUAGCUUGGUCAUUGGUAAGGAUGAGAGGAUAUACAAGGUAUAUCAAAAUAUGAUUGUUACUAUACCUACACUUACUCCUAGUUCAUCCUCUCGUCUGGGGAAAGAGGGUAUCGAGGAGUAUAAAAUAUGUACGAUAUAUGACAACAAUCGUUCCCACCAAGUAUAUACCAUCUAUCCGCCCAUCUAUCACACCCUCACAAUCCUCCACAGUGAGGAUAUAAUGAUUUAUAUCGACAUAGAAGGAUUUAUCCAUCGUUACAAGUUUCACUCGUACGGGACGCAAACUUAUGAAUAUGCCAAUGGAGGUAUUGAGAUCCCCUCAGAAGAUUGGAUUCAAACUGAGACUUUGGAUCGAGUCAAGCUGGAUUUGAUGGAAGAUGACAAGAUGGUCGUUGAUCUGAGUGUAGGUAGGUGGUUGAUCUAUGAUUAUAAGACUGGCGAACUACUUCAACGUUUCCCACCCAACAAUCGUAUUUGGUCAAGUUGCCAAGGGUCACUCAUUACUAAAGAGGGAUUGAUGAUUGGUUUGGAUGUGCCUAGAUUGGCAUGGAUGGGUAACGAUCGAUUAAAGGAUGCCUCCUUGGCUAUCUUCAGUCUUUCGAGCCCUCUGACCGCCCCAUACCUUCCCCAACUUCUCUUAGAGCUUCCAACACCUUAUCGUCUUCUCAAACAAAGUAUCAAGACCCUCUGGGAUAUCCCCGCAAAAGUGAAAAUCAUUAUUCCUCCCUCAACCCCUCCGCGCUUACAUGAUGCCACCAACCCCUCUUUCGUCCGAAUCAGCAUUCCAUUCAAAUUAGUCCCAGGAGUAAGCUAUGAGCUCAACCUCGUCAUACCUAUCAAACAAUUACCUUUGAUCAAAAUUGAAAAUCGAAUCAAACCAUGGAUCAAAGGUAGGACUUGGCGUUAUCCUACUAACCCGUUCGAUGGGGUUGAAAGUAUCAAGUGGGAUAAUUGGAAAAGUAGAUGUCUGGUGUAUAUCGAAAGGGCUCAAGCGUCCAUCUCAACCCAAAAUCCGAUCAGGCCUUUGUCAUUGCACAGUGAAGAAUGUCAAAUCGGACCCAGGUCGUAUCGAGUCGAUAAUAACCUCCUUGCCAAGAAAGGUCAACUGAAUUUGGAGAUUACAGAUUUCGAUUUUCAUGAGAUUGGACAAAAAGGUAAUGAAUAUGGUGCUCUCAAAGGUAUAGAAAUGGACAUGGCUCCACAAGAUGGUCAAAGACCGAACAAACCUCGUACUGCACCUCGAUAUUACAAGAUCUCCAAACAAGAAGGCACUGCCAACUUGCCCCGUACGUUGAAUUGUUCAGGUUACUUCUUCUUGGGAUAUCCGGGAGGGAUGGAACAUUUCUUAGGAGAUGAGAACGGUACAAGAUUGGUCAUUCAACAGAAGGGAAAUGAGAGAAUAUGGAUCAUCGAUUUCGGGUCAUAA